GAAAAUUCCGAGAAAUCUGUCAGACUUUUUACGGUCAUAACUGCGCAAUUAGAUGAAGCGAUUUUAAACUUCUCGAAUAAAAUUAUGCCCGAUCUUGGCCAUGAAAUUGAAGAUUUUCAAUAUCAUACAUGGAACGUAAUUAAUUGGAAAAAUUUAGAAAAAAGAAUAACUGGUCCAGAAUUUGAGGCUGGAGGUUGGAAAUGGAGAAUUUUACUUUUUCCAUUUGGUAACAAUAAUCCGAACAAAGUGUCUAUUUAUUUGGAUUUUGCUGAUCCCGAAGGUGCACCUAUCGGAUGGCAUUGUUGUGCACAGUUCGCUUUAAUCUUAUGGAAUCCAAAAGAACCCGAACAUUAUGUUA